CAGUCUCGCCCUUGUCUAAAAAGCAACACGCAAAGAACGUUGAGAGCAGUUAGAUUUCGAUAAUUUCUUGAAAGCUACUGGUCUAAGACAUAAUGGCGGACUCCGAGUGCGAAUGUCAAAGUAUUGCUAAACAAACGUCGCCCGAUCGCAGAAUCCCGACCUUAGACAACGAUUUGCGCGUCCGCCGAUUUCAACGCGGCGAUACGCGGCGAAUCCACAACCUUUUCUUGGAGGAGACAAGGUGCCUGAUUUGGCCGAUGUUUGCACAGACCGUCCGAAGUCCACCAGUGAUUUUUUUCCAUCUGUUUUUUAUGGUAGUUGGGGUGACGCUGGCCAGGUCUUGUAUUUUUGCCCUCUUUGGAGUGAUCCUGGUCGUCUGUGCUGUCUUUCUAUAUAUUUACCGGUGGUUUUAUCAAUACUUGACAAGUUCACUGAGAGGCGACUUGGCCAACAUCUCACAACUGAAAGAAUAUGAAAUCAUUGGCAGGGCUCUGCCAUCUGAAAAGAAUCCGUCCCCUCCCCUCUACAAAAUGAGGAUUUUUGGGCCUGAUGAGGUUGUAGCCAAAUCAAAAUACUGGUAUUUUGUUGCCAAGUUGAAGAAAAUCAAGAAGUCGCAUGGAGAAGUUGUUUCCUGCAAACAGGUUUUUGAGAAGAAACCUCUGAGGAUCAAGAACUUUGGUGUUUGGCUGCGUUAUGACUCUCGCAGUGGAACUCACAACAUGUACAGGGAGUACCGUGACUUGACUGUGGCUAGUGCUGUCACGUCCUGUUAUCGGGAUAUGGCUGCUCGUCACCGAGCUCGAGGGUCAAGCAUUCAGAUCAUGAAGGUUGAUGUGAUUCCAGCCAGCAAGUGCAGGCGACCACACGUGAAGCAGCUGCACAAUUCAAAGAUCAGGUUUCCCCUGCCGCAUCGUAUCAUCAAGUCCCAUUACAAGUCCAAGUUUGUGGCCAAGCGUCCUAAUACGCACUUUUAAAAGUGAUGAAAAAUGACACUGGGAAGCAUAAAAUAAAAUUGAUCUCAUAACACCAUA